AUGGUGGGUUCUCCUGACUAUUCUCCUGCUGGCUUCCUCCUCCUUCUCCAGGUGUCUACAUGGUACUCAGCAGUGUCCGGGUUUUCUGUGAAGGGACCGGCUGAGCCCAUCAUGGUUCUGCUAGGGGCAGAUGCCACUCUGCCCUGCCAGCUGUCCCCUGAGCAGAGUGCAGCCCACAUGCAUAUUUGGUGGUACCGAACCCAACUCUCCCCUGCUGUGUUUGUGUACCAGAAUGGACAGGAACAAGGUGGGGAGCAAAUGCUGGAGUACCGUGGCAGGACAGAGUUGGUGAGAAACUCCAUCAACAAAGGGGGUGUGGCCCUGCUGAUCCAACAUGUUCGUGCCUCUGAUCAUGGCCAGUACCGGUGUCAUUUUAGGGAUGGUCAGAGCUCCCAAGAGGCCAUUGUGGAGCUGCAUGUUAUAGGGUUGGGCUCUGCACCUCAUGUUCACAUGAUGGGACCUGAGGAUGGUGGGAUCCGAGUGCUGUGCUCUGCAGAUGGCUGGUUCCCAAAACCCAGGGUGCAGUGGAGUGACGUGAUGGGAGUGAAUCUACAGUCCCUCUCUGAAUUUCAGACCCAAGAUGAAGAUGGGCUCUUCCGUGUGGAAGCAUCUCUCGUGGUCAUGGACCGCUCUCUGGGCAAUCUGACCUGUUCCAUCCAGAAUCCCCUCUCUGGACAGGAGAAAGCAUCAGCCAUCUUCCUUCCAGAGCCCUUCUUCCCCAGGAUGGACCCAUGGAAGGCAGCCCUGGCUGGGACAGUCCCUAUACUGAUGCUCCUCCUCGCUGGGAUUAGCUACACUGGCUGGAGACAACAUCAAGCUAAAGAAAGAGAAGUAAAGAAAAAGAAAACAGAAUCUCGUGAAAGAGAUCAGAUGAAGAAAGAAAAGGAAAUGGCACUUGAGGCCAAAGAUUGGAAGAAGGCCCUGCUGUAUCCUGACUGGAGGAAGGAAAAGUUCCAGCUUGCCCAUGUGACUAUAAAUCAGGAAAUCCAUCAGAAUAAUUCUGACCCAGAGAGAAAAGAGAACUUCAGAGAGGAAACAGAGGAUCUAUCUCUUAGUGAUAAGAGAGGAGACUGCAACCGUAUCACACUUAAUCAGGAAGUCUUCACCUCAGGAAAACAUUAUUGGGAAGUGGGUAUUGAGGACACUGAUGAGUGGACUCUAGGCGUAUAUGAGAAGCCCGCAGUCAAGAGUGGGUUAUCCACCAAUUUACAAAACAAGAUAUUCAGAGUCUUAGAGAAGAAAGGAUGUGAAUACAGAGCUCUCACCUGUGGGCUCCAAGACACUUCUCUAAAAGAGCAUCUCCUGUUAGAAAAGUAUCCACAAAAGAUUACAAUUUUCUUGGAUUAUGAAGACAAUGACAUUUCUUUCUAUGACAUGACUCAGGGUACCCACAUCUUCUCCUUCACCCAGGCAAACUUCUCUGGGUCACUCUAUCCUUACUUCAAUCUUAAAUCCAUGGAGCAUUCCCUAUCUGAGCCAUACUAA